GCGGCGCGCGGGCGGCGGCCCAGAGGCGGACGCGGCGGCGGCUGCGGGGGGAGCGGGGCGGCCAUGAACCCCAACUGCGCGCGUUGCGGGAAGAUCGUGUAUCCUACCGAGAAGGUGAACUGCCUGGAUAAGUUCUGGCACAAAGCAUGCUUCCACUGCGAGACCUGCAAGAUGACCCUCAACAUGAAGAACUACAAGGGCUACGAGAAGAAGCCCUACUGCAACGCGCACUACCCGAAGCAGUCCUUCACCAUGGUGGCAGACACUCCCGAGAACCUGCGCCUAAAGCAGCAGAGCGAGCUGCAGAGCCAGAUUCGCUACAAGGAGGAGUUUGAGAAGAACAAGGGGAAAGGCUUCAGCGUGGUGGCUGACACCCCGGAGCUGCAGCGAAUCAAAAAGACUCAGGAUCAGAUCAGCAACAUCAAAUACCAUGAAGAGUUUGAGAGGAGCAGGAUGGGCCCCAGCCCCAGUGAGGGCGCGGAGAUGGAGCGCAGGAACUCCCAGGAAAGCGCCAAUUACCGACGGCCGGAGCAGCACCAACCACAGCACCACGUCCAGCCCAGCAACCCAGUUUACCAGCAGCAGCCACCAGCCUCGCAGUCCUAUGGCUACAAGGAGCCUGCAGCGCCCGCCUCCACGCAGCGCAGUGCACCGUCCGCAGCGGGGAAGCGUUUCCGCGCCGUCUAUGAUUACAAUGCGGCCGAUGAAGACGAGGUCUCCUUCCAGGAUGGUGACACCAUCAUCAACGUGCAGCAGAUCGACGACGGUUGGAUGUACGGCACGGUGGAACGCACGGGCGACACGGGCAUGCUGCCCGCCAACUACGUGGAAGCAAUCUGAGGGGGUUGGAGCCAAACCUCCCCACCCCGUGGCCCCGGUGCGCGCGCGUCUCUCUCCCCCAGCAUCCCUUCCCUCUGCCGGAGCCGCGUCCCGACGUCUCGGUUUCUUUGUGUUUCUGCAGCCGCCUCUGGUUUCUCUCGCCAUUGUAGCUUUGUUCUCGCUCUGUCGGGACUGAGGGUCUGUCUGCGAGGGAUGGCGGGGGCUCUGGGACCAAAUGCUUCUCCCUCUGCCUUCCUCCUCUCUUCCGCAGGGGAUGGGGCGCACACACCAGGCUGGGCCCCCCCCCCCACUGUGCUGGGAAUGCAUGGGGAGGGAGGAGCAGAAUCAUUUCCUUAGGACCAAACAUCCCAACUCUUGGGGGCAGGGGGGGGGAUGCAGGGGGGACCAGCUGGCAGCACCUGCCCUGCGCUGCUCCGGCUCUGCCUCGUCCCAUUGCUUCCCCUGGCUCUCUGUCUGCAGUUCCUAUUCUGACUGCACUCCCUCAGUCCUCAGUGUUGCAAACCAGAAAAAUAUUUGUGGUUAAAAUCUUUUUU